UUCAACAAUGCAGGAGAGGGGGUCCCCCUGUAUGAGAGCGCUGUGACCAGAUCUAUAACAGGUACGUACGGCGCUAAGCUAGCUAGCUAACCCAUUAAAACGUAUGGUGCUAAGCUAGCUAGUUAACCAAUUAAAAUGUACGACGCUAAGCUAGCUGGCUGGCUAACCCAUUAGUAUGUAUGGCGCUAAACUAGCUAGAUAACCCAUUAAAACGUUUUGUGCUAUGCUAGCUGACUAACCCAUGAAAACGUUUGGUGCUAAGCUAGCUAACCCAUGAAAACACAUUAAGGUUGAACAGCUCUCAGAGAGUAUUAGACAAGCGGAUCACAGAACAAGCUACCCUCUCCAAAACGAACUGGCUCGUCUGUUCUGAACACGUUUUGAAUCCUCUGAAGCCUCAUGUAAAAGCAUCCUUUAAAGGCCAAAGGACUUUGAUUUCCAUAAAGGACCAGACAAACAGGCCAGUAGCAGUACAGGUGGCGGUACAGCACACACACACACACACACACACACACACACACACACACACACACACACACGGCAGCUUUCCCACAGACCAGACUAGGAUGCAUCCCAAAUGGCACCCUAUUCCCUCUAUAGUGCACUACUUUAGACCAGAGAAUGGCACCCUAUUCCCUAUAUAGUGCACUACUUUAGACCAGAGAAUGGCACCCUAUUCCCUAUAUAGUGCACUACUUUAGACCAGAGAAUGGCACCCUAUUCCCUAUAUAGUGCACUACUUGUGACCAGAGCUUUGGUUGAGUCAUCCUCCAAAAGGAAUGGGAGGUAGAGACAUCCUGAGUUCUGAGAGUACAGGAGUCCACUACAACACACACUUAUAAAGGAUCACAGCUUUUUUUUUUUUUUUUUUACCUUUAUUUAACUAGGCAAGUCAGUUAAGAACAAAUUCUUAUUUACAAUGACGGUCUACACCGGCCAAACCCGGACGACGCUGGGCCAAUUGUGCGCCGCCCUAUGGGACUACCAAUCACGGCCAGUUGUGAUACAGCCUGGAAUCGAACCAGGGGGUCUGUAGUGACGCCUCAAGCACUGAGAUGCAGUGCCUUAGACCGCUGCGCCACUCGGGAGCCCUGUGGAGGGAUACUCCUGUGAGAAAGCCUGAUCACAGCUUUGUGGAGGGAUACUCUGAUGAGAAAGCCUGAUCACAGCUUUGUGGAGGGAUACUCUGGUGAGAGGGCUAACUGAUCACAGCUUUGAUCUGCUCCAAAUUAAAUCAGAGCAUCUUGCUCCUCGCUGCCUGGCAGCCACAACUCAACUCACUGAAAUCUCAACGCUCACUUGAUGUUCACACAGAUACAGACUGCUUUAUAGGGGCAGUCUGCAAUUGCUACAUCAAUUUUUGGACUUACAGUGCAUUCGGAAAGUAUUCAAACCCCUUCACUUUUUCCACAUUUUGUUACAUUACAGCCUUAUUCUACAAUUAAUGUAAAAAAAAAAAACACACACACAAUACCCCAUAAUGACAAAGCGAAAACAGAUUAAAAAAAAAAAAACAGAAAUACCUUAUUUACAUUAUUAUUCAGACCCUUUGCUGUGAGACUCGAAAUUGAGCUCAGGUGCAUCCUGUUUCCGUUGAUCAUCCUUGAGAUGUUUCUACAACUUGAUUGGUCAGGGAGGUAACCAAGAACCCGAUGGUCAUUCUGACAGAGCUCCAGUGUUCCUCUGUGGAGAUGGGAGAACCUUCCAGAAGGACAACCAUCUCUGCAGCACUCCACCAAUCAGGCCUUUAUGGUAGAAUGGCCAGACGGAAGCCACUCCUCAGUAAAAGGCACAUGACAGCCCGCUUGGAGUUUGCCAAAAGGCACCUAAAGGACUCUCAGACCAUGAGAAACAAGAUUCUCUGUUUGGCCUGAAUGCCAAGCGUCAUGUCUGGAGGAAACCUGGCACCAUCCCUACGGUGAAGCAUGGUGGUGACAGCAUCAUGCUGUGGGGAUGUUUUUCAGCGGCAGGGACUGGGAGUCUAGUCAGGAUUGAGGGAAAGAUGAACGGAGCAAAGUACAGAGAGAUCAUUGAUGAAAACCUGCUCCAGAGCGAUCAGGACCUCAGACUGGGUCGAAGGUUCACCUUCCAACAGGACAACGACCCUAAGCACACAGCCAAGACAACGCAGGAGUGGCUUCGUGACAAGUCUCUGAAUGUCCUUCAGUGGCCCAGCCUGGACUUGCACCCGAUCUAACAUCUCUGGAGAGACCUGAAAAUAGCUGUGCAGUGAUGCUCCCCAUCCAACCUGACAGAGUUUGAGAGGAUCUGCCGAGAAGAAUGGGAGAAACUCCCCAAAUACAGGGGUGCCAAGCUUGUAGCGUCAUACCCAAGAAGACUCGAGGCUGUAAUCGCUGCCAAAGGUGCUUCAACAAAGUACUGAGUAAAGGGUCUGAAUACUUAUGUAAAUGUUAUAAUUCCGUUUUUUACUUUUUUUAAAUUAGCAAACAUUUCUAAAAACCUGUUUUUGCUUUGCCAUUAUGACGUAUUGUGUGUAAAUUGAUGAGGAUUUGUAUUUCUUGAAUCCAUUUUAGAAUAAGGCUGUAACGUAACAAAAUGUGGAAAAAGUCUAGGGGUCUGAAUACUUUUCCGAAUGCACUGUAUCAAUUAAUGAUAUGUACCCAAUGAUUCUUGAAAAAUAUUACUUAUAAAUGCCUCAUGAGCUUAGAUCAACGGUCAUACCCCAUCAGAAGCCAAAAUAUUAGCUUGUUUUACUCUAAUGUUUGUAAUUAUAGUAAAUGUAAACAAACACUAUAUGGUGAUGUCAUGGAUGGUCAGUCCUUGCAUCCAUAGCUCUGUCUAUGAAUUUGAGAGAGGUUAUAUUUCUCCAGUCCCAUCCCUCAGCGUUUUACCGAAACAGGGGCGGGGAAAAUGCUUUGUUAUUGUUUCAACUGCGGAUUCCGGAUUGCAGUGUGUUAUUGACAUACAAUGUUUUAUGAUCAUAUGGGGUAGGGCCACAAGGAUAAACAUAUUGACAUAUUGUAGCUAUUUGUUUUUGUUUUCAAACCCGGGUUUAUUCAUCCAUUAACAGUUGUGAAAUGAUAUGAAAGAGAGUGUAUGUUUGCCAUAAUGCCUCCAGGAUUUUCCAGGGAUUUGAUUCAUCUACUAGACUAGAGUUCUAUCCCCACCAUUACAUUAUAGAAUAAAUACAUUUUGUAGAGCUGUUUUCUGCAGUCUUUUUCAUAUCUAAAUAGAACAAUUUCCCCGUUCUGUCAGAAUAGAACUACGGAUCCCAUCCUGUCAGAAUAGAACUACAGAUCCCAUCCUGUCAGAUUAGAACUACAGAUCCCAUCCUGACAGAAUAGAACUACAGAUCCCAUCCUGUCAGAAUAGAACUACAGAUCCCAUCCUGUCAGAAUAGAACUACAGAUCCCAUCCUGUCAGAAUAGAACUACAGAUCCCAUCCUGUCAGAAUAGAACUACAGAUCCCGUCCUGUCAGAAUAGAACUACAGAUCCCAUCCUGUCAGAAUAGAACUACAGACCCCAUCCUGUCAGAAUAGAACUACAGAUGCCAUCCUGUCAGAAUAGAACUACAGAUCCCAUCCUGUCAGAAUAGAACUACAGAUCCCAUCCUGACAGAAUAGAACUACAGAUGCCAUCCUGUCAGAAUAGAACUACAGAUCCCAUCCUGUCAGAAUAGAACUACAGAUGCCAUCCUGUCAGAAUAGAACUACAGAUAUGUGUUAGUUACACUACAGUCACUCAUUGACAGACAGACUACAGAUUCCAUCCUGUCAGAAUAGAACUACAGAUGCCAUCCUGUCAGAAUAGAACUACAGAUCCCAUCCUGUCAAAAUAGAACUACAGAUCCCAUCCUGUCAGAAUAGAACUACAGAUCCCAUCCUGUCAGAAUAGAACUACAGAUCCCAUCCUGUCAGAAUAAAACUACAGCUGUGUGUUAGUUGCACCACAGUCUCUCCUACAGAAAGACUAUCCCAGUAUGCUACAUGACUGUCCCUGCAAGGUCACACGGAGUAGCAGUAUUCACACACUGACUGGUGGCUGAGAGAAAGACACACUUGACCCUAACCUUAACCAUAAACUCAACCCCUAACCCCUAACCCUAAUUCUAACCCAAACCCUAAACCUAACCCCUAAGCCUUAAAUAGCCGUUGUCCUCGUGGGGACCUAGCUGCUCGCCUGAAUGGCUGCCUGCAUAGCUAUGAGAUAUUCAUAAUUUAAUGCUGGCUCACAUCUUUACGAGCUGCAUUACAACGCCUUGUUAAAGGCUUGCCAAUAAAUACUGCAGCGAGAGGGAAAUAUAUUCUGAUCCCUCCGUCAGCCAUUUAAUCUUCUGUGUCUCUCAGGCCCUGCUGGAGACAGGAGAGUGAGAGAGGGAGAGAGGGAGAUAGAGGGGAGAGAGAGAGACAGGAGAGAGAGACAGCAGAGAGAGAGAGGGGGAGAGAGGGAGACAGGAGAGAGAGACAGGAGAGAGAGACAGCAGAGAGAGAGAGAGGGGGAGAGAGGGAGACAGGAGAGCGAGAGAGGGGGGGAGAGAGACAGGAGAGAGCGAGAAGGAGAGUGAGGUAGAGAGAGAAGAGAGAUGGAUAGCUUCCCUCCCUCCUUCUCUCCCCGUCCAUCUCAACGCUUAGCCACUAAUUCAACUCACCAAAAUGGAGAUAGCUAUGUUUUUCACAUUAUGCUGCCGGCACCCACAAGAUGUAUGGUUGAGACCUCUUGUUUAGUCUUUGGCUGUUCAUCCGUAUUCUAAUGUGGGGCUCUGAGUUUAACCAAUGAUGAAGUCGGAUAUCAUCACUUGUCUUGCUUGGUGAAAUACGCCUCUGUUGUUGACAACACAUUGCAGACAUUAAUUCUAGUGUCAAACUGAGAUGUACCUUGAUGCUUAAUGUGUUUACAUCUAUCUGUCUGUCCUCUUUAGACAUUAGUAACACUUUACUGAAUGCAUAUAUGUAAAAUAGGCGAACUUUUGCCUUUAAGUAAAGUGUUACUACAUGAAUGUACAUUUCUUACAGAUGUUUGAAUAUCAGCUUAACCAGCUGUUUAGCUAGUUACUGUCUUUUAAAACCUGAAUAGCUUUAGCCUUUGUCUCUAACUACCUGUUUACUCUGCUCUUAGUUGUGGCUGUAGUUAUAAGUGGUAGUUAACACUAGUUAACACUAGUUAAAUAGUGAAGCUAGUAGUGUCCUUAUUAGCAGGAGGUUCUGCUGUGUAAUUACUGUCUCCUUCCUCUUCUUCUCUUCUCUUUCUCUGUUUGUCACUUCUCUGGCCAUCUUUCACUUUCCUCUCCUUUCCCUCUCUCUCUUCAUCUUUCCUCUCUCUCUCCUCUCCUCUCCCUCUUCCUCUCCUCCUCCUUCCUCUCCUCUCCUCAUCUUUCCUUCCCUCCUCUCCUCCUCAUCUUUCACUCACCACUCACUUUUUUAUGCUGUUUAUCCAUGAUUCUCUGUUGGUUGCAUGUAACUCCUAUCACUUUGCAUGAAAAUAAAUAUUCCUUCCAUGAACUAAAUACACCGUGUUUGUGUGUGUGUGUGUGUGUGUGUUGGGCAUGGUUAUGUCACUCCACAUCCAGACCCCAUUGAUCCAUCAGACGACGAUCUGUUCCAUCUGUUUGAUAAAUAUCCUACUCCCAUACCAGAUACAUCCACCCCCAUGAUCCCCCCAGUAGGUGUCCAGGCCGUGGCCCUGACCCCAGACUCUGUUAGGGUCAGCUGGGCAGACAACUCCAUGACCAAGAACCAGAAGACCGCUGAGGUCCGCUACUACUCUGUCAAGUGGAAGACCAGCUACUCUACUAGUGGGAAGUUCAAGGUAAGGUUGAGGGUGGGUAGGGGUGUGUGUGUGUGUGUGUGUGUGUGUGUGUGUGUGUGUGUGUGCUCUUGUCUACUGUUUUGAUACCUGAUGUUACAUGUGUGUUAACAGUCUGUCACAAGAGACUUAAGGUGGUACGGUUAGGUUUCUUCGUUAUUUAAGGUGGUAUGGUUAGGUUUCUUCGUUAUGUACGGUGGUACGGUUAGGUUUCUUCGUUAUUUAAGGUUAGGUUUCUUCGUUAUGUAAGGUGGUACGGUUAGGUUUCUUCAUUAUUUAAGGUGGUACGGUUAGGUUUCUUCAUUAUUUAAGGUGGUAUGGUUAGGUUUCUUCGUUAUGUACGGUGGUACGGUUAGGUUUAUUCGUUAUUUAAGGUGGUACUGUUAGGUUUCUUCGUUAUUUAAGGUGGUACUGUUAGGUUUCUUCGUUAUUUAAGGUGGUACGGUUAGGUUUCUUCGUUAUUUAAGGUGGUGCGGUUAGGUUUCUUCGUUAUUUAAGGUGGUGCGGUUAGGUUUCUUUGUUAUUUAAGGUGGUACGGUUAGGUUUCUUCAUUAUUCUAUUUGUGGAUACCUUUACUUGUGCAGAACUGGUUGAUUUCAACCCACUUUGCAUUGCCUGCUCGAUGAGGACAUUACUACAUCUCCCGAGUGGCGCAGUGGUCUAAGGCACUGCAUUGCAGUGCUAGCUGUGCCACUAGAGAUACUGGUUCGAAUCCAGGCUCUGUCGUAGCCGGCCGUGACCGGGAGACCUAUGGGGCGGUGCACAAUUGGCCCAGCGUCGUCCAGGGUAGGGGAGGGAAUGGCCGGCAGGGAUGUAGCUCUGCUAAAUGACUAAACUGUAAAUGUAAUGUACUUGCUGUGGGGUUCUGCCGUGAGAGUUGCUUGAUUGUUUUCUCAAACAAAGUCCUGUUUCUCCUUACACUCUGUUCUCUCUUGAUUUGAUUUAAUUACAUUUAUUAUGUGUUAAAAACGGGCACAAUUAAAAAGUACAAAGCCAAAAGGAAAACACAUAAAAAGCAUUAUACCACCACACCAAUGUGGUUUUCUGACAGAAUAAUUUUUAACGUUACACUAGGUGUGUUCAAAGGGAAAUCAUUUGCGAACGUUAGCUAACGUUAGCUAACAUAUUCCAUUUGUUUUGUGUAAGCCGUGACCAUUCCCUAACGUUAGCGAACAGUCUGAGAAGGUAGCGUCUGUUUGGGCUCUAAACUGCCACUGCUAAUAAUCAUGUGACCAGGUAAGUUUUCUAUUACAUGUAGUAGGAAUAGCAACAUUGUUUGCGGUUCGAUUAUUGCCGCAAAAAAAAAAAAAAUGCAGCAGUAAUCUUUAAAACAUUUCGCUUUUUGAUGUUUUCACUGUAACAUUUUGGAAUGUUCUUUCAAAUCGUUCAACUGAAAUUGUUACUAAGAAACAUGUUUGCCGGCAACAGAACCACUGUUGAACUCACCUCAUGUUUCGUUCUCUAGUCUGCAGACACAACAGCCCUCAGCCACACCGUCACCGGCCUCAAGCCCAACACCAUGUACGAGUUUGCUGUCAUGGUUACCAAGGGCCGCAAGUCCAGCACUUGGAGUAUGACCGCUCAUGCCACCACUUACGAAGCAGGUGAGUCCUCUUUCUCUCUCUACAGUAUCUAUCACACCCUGUCUCUCUGUCUAUCUCCAGUAUCUAUCACACCCUGUCUCUCUGUCUAUCUCCAGUAUCUAUCACACCCUGUCUCUCUGUCUAUCUCCAGUAUCUAUCACACCCUGUCUCUCUGUCUAUCUCCAGUAUCUAUCACACCCUGUCUCUCUGUCUAUCUCCAGUAUCUAUCACACCCUGUCUCUCUGUCUAUCUCCAGUAUCUAUCACACCCUGUCUCUCUGUCUAUCUCCAGUAUCUAUCACACCCUGUCUCUCUGUCUAUCUCCAGUAUCUAUCACACCCUGUCUCUCUGUCUAUCUCCAGUAUCUAUCACACCCUGUCUCUCUGUCUAUCUCCAGUAUCUAUCACACCCUGUCUCUCUCUCUCUCUGCAGUAUCUAUCACACCCUGUCUCUCUGUCUAUCUCCAGUAUCUAUCACACCCUGUCUCUCUGUCUAUCUCCAGUAUCUAUCACACCCUGUCUCUCUGUCUAUCUCCAGUAUCUAUCACACCCUGUCUCUCUCUCUAUCUACAGUAUCUAUCACACCCUGUCUCUCUGUCUAUCUCCAGUAUCUAUCACACCCUGUCUCUCUGUCUAUCUCCAGUAUCUAUCACACCCUGUCUCUCUGUCUAUCUCCAGUAUCUAUCACACCCUGUCUCUCUAUCUACAGUAUCUAUCACACCCUGUCUCUCUCUCUAUCUCCAGUAUUUAUCACACCCUGUCUCUCUAUCUACAGUAUCUAUCACACCCUGUCUCUCUCUCUAUCUCCAGUAUCUAUCACACCCUGUCUCUCUGUCUAUCUCCAGUAUUUAUCACACCCUGUCUCUCUAUCUACAGUAUCUAUCACACCCUGUCUCUCUGUCUAUCUCCAGUAUUUAUCACACCCUGUCUCUCUAUCUACAGUAUCUAUCACACCCUGUCUCUCUCUCUAUCUCCAGUAUCUAUCACACCCUGUCUCUCUGUCUAUCUCCAGUAUUUAUCACACCCUGUCUCUCUAUCUCCAGUAUUUAUCACACCCUGUCUCUCUAUCUACAGUAUCUAUCACACCCUGUCUCUCUGUCUAUCUCCAGUAUCUAUCACACCCUGUCUCUCUGUCUAUCUCCAGUAUCUAUCACACCCUGUCUCUCUCUCUAUCUCCAGUAUCUAUCACACCCUGUCUCUCUCUCUAUCUCCAGUAUCUAUCACACCCUGUCUCUCUCUCUAUCUACAGUAUCUAUCACACCCUGUCUCUCUCUCUCCUUUCUCUCUCUCUCUUCGCCUCUCUUUUUGUCUCUCUCUCUCUCUCUCUCUCUCUCUCUCUCUCCCUCUCUCUCUCUCUCUCUCUCUCUCUCUACCCCUCUCUCUCUCUCUCUCUCUCUCUCUCUCUCUCUCUCUCUCUCUCUACCUCUCUCUCUGUCUCUCUCUCUCUCUCUACCUCUCUCUCUGUCUCUAUGAAAAAUAACUACAACGCCGCCUGUCAUCACAAAUACCCCAAAUUAUAUUUAUUCGCUGCAACUCUCCGGCAAUUAUUCUUAUGAAAUAGUACAGUGUGCACUUUCUAAAUGUCUGCAUUCAUUUGUCAACCCAAUCCUUUUUAGGAAAUACAUUGACAUUCAAUGCUUUUUAGUAUUAUGUGCUGCUUGGAAAGCUCAGUUGUGGCCAACUCUUGAUCAUAGUCGACUCUGAUACCUUUGAUGUUGGAAAAACCCUGUUCCCUCCUGGUAUAACACACUGGUGAGGCCCUGUGUGUGUCCCAAAUUACACCCUAUUCCCUAGAUAGUGCACUACUUUUGAUGCACUACUGUGCCUUACUUUUAUGGGCCCUGGUCAGAAGUACUACACUCUGGUGAAUAGAGUUCCACUAGGGACGCACAAAGGUCCUGAUACUUGUUUGGACUAUGUUUGUUAGUGAUUUGUUAUUCUCACACAGAAAUAGCGAGAAAACAUUAAACGUGCUGUGAAUGGAAACACAGGAACAAUAUGAGAACGGUUUGAUGCAAGAACAAAGGUAGUUAGCAAUUCAACCGUUCAAUAAAAAAUAAAAAACACAACCGCUCAAACUGUUUGUUUGAUUUGAAUUCCCGGGGGUAGAAGUUUUCAAUCAAAGACGUUGAUGUUUCGUUAUUCAUUACAGAGCAACACAUGUUUAGGAAUUCCUUUUCGUUAAUAAGUCUACAAACACAGUCUCUUUUGUUUGGCCAAUAACAGGCUAUGUUUUUUGGAAGGUCUCCUGGGGGUCCAUUGCAACCAACAGGCAGAAUGUAGCACUGUGCUACACAUUACAGGCUGGAUUUCUUAAACCACUACUGACUGGAGAUGACAUGCACCUGCGUAUUAAAGCAAACUGGCUUGCAACCAAAAAACCCAUAAGAAUAAACCAGCCAAUCAGUCGAUUUCUCCUCGUUACCGUGUCAAGUCCAUUAUGAUACCAGACAGCUGGUCUAGGUUCUCUUCUCCCGCCCCCAAUAAGAUAUCGACCUAUCAGGAGCAUCGGAAAACCCUGAGGCUGAUGAAUGUAAAAAUACUUAUUAGAGCAGGGUUCUUCAAUUCCGGUCCUGGAGGGCCGAAACACUUCUGUUUUUUAUUUCUACCUGGUAGUUAAUUGCACUCACCUGGUGUCCCAGGUCUGAAUUAGCCCCUGAUUAGAAGGAGAGGAUGAAAAACAGAGGUGUUUCGGCCCUCCAGGACCGGAAUUGAAGAACCCUGGGUUAGAGUAUAAGAAUAUAGUUGUAGUAGGCUUAUAUUUCAUUCAAAAGUUUCACCUUCAAAUAAUAUCAUAUAUACAGUAAAUGCCAUUUAUAAUAACUUAGCCUAGUUACAUUUUCAUUUGAUGUAUAUAUACAUUAUAUAACUCAGUCACGAUUGACUUGAUUUAGUUACACAUUUUAAAUAUGGACUGUCCGGGGAUAUUUUACCCCAGAUCUUGAAAGGAAAUGACCAUAUCAGACAUUUUAUUUUAAAGACAGUUGUAUUUAAUGGAUUACAUGAAUUGGAAACAAAUAAAAUAAUAUGAGUGGUCUCUACACCAUCAACAUUAGUUUUCCUUCAUACAACGUGUCGUGGUAAAUGAGGAAAUACUUUAUUUCAGUUGUACGGAAUGAUUGUCAAAUAGCUAAACCGCCCAACGUCUGCUCAACCACCGGGAUGAAACAUGUUACGAUGAUAAUACCUACCAGACUUUAUCUUAAAAUACUUUGGUAGCAUGGAGGACUAAGAUAACACUGACAACGUCUUGUAAGGAGAGGUAAUGAGGUGACCAAUAACGGUUGUAACUGAGAUCAGCUGCGUGGGUGAAUAUAGCGCGUAUUGAUGGUUUAACGAGAGAUCAGCUGGCGAUAAUCUGGUGGCCAUCGAUGAUUGCAAUUGGCCCCUUCUGUCUGGCCAAUUAAAGGUAGACAGCGAUAUGACGUAGAUGCAGAAAGUAAACAGCAAUAGUGGGGUCAAUUUCUGCAACAACUAAGAGCGAUGAAGCGCGAGGCUCCACUUCUCCACUGUUUUGAUGCCCUCGCCACCAUGCUGUGAACAGCGUGACCGUGUGAGAGCGAAGUCUUGCAUCUCUAUCAUCUCAAUAUCUGCGGUGUUGCUCGUGGCAACGCCGUUUCACUGACUCUACCUUUAAGGACCAUGCAGCCUCUGCCAAGGCAGCUUACUGUAAUUACAGGAUUAAUUCAACCUGAAAUGAGCAUCAGCGUGUGAUGACAGAAUUAGGACCCGUGUUGUUGGUGGUAUAAACUUGACUUAUGACCCUUACUUCCUGUUUCUCUCCUUUCCUGAUUGGCUGACAGCUCCUAGCUCCACCCCCAAGGACCUGACGGUCAUCAGUCGUGAGGGGAGACCCAGAGCUAUUCUGAUCAGCUGGCAACCCCCCAUGGAGGCCAACGGACGGAUCAUG